AUUAAGCGGGAAAAUGCUGAGGGACAGCUGCGAUUCCGCUCAAAAACCAAAAUAAUGCCCUUGUCAGCAUUUCCCCGCAGAUUUCAAGCAAAAUUGUGAUAAACGAGAAAGAUAAAUAUGUAUAUUCAAGACUUGAAAAGUGGCUUCUAUGAUCUCCUUAUUGGCAAGAGGGUCAUCAUUUUUGUGAAUUAUGAUGUGGAUGCAAUUUGCGCUUUUAAAAUUCUCCACGAUCUCUUAAAAUAUGACGAGAUUUUGUAUACAAUGGUGCCCGUCCAAGGAGUCAGUGAUUUGAAGCGAGAAUUUGAGGAAACACCAAAUGAGAACGUCGUGAUUCUGAUCAAUUGUGGAGGAUCAAUCGACAUUGUAGAUGAGCUGCAGCCACACCCUGAUGUGGUUUUCUUUGUCGUCGACAGCCACAGACCCACAGACGUGUGCAACAUUUACAGCCAAAGCCAGGUUAGGUUAUUGAGGAAGGUUGAGGACGAUGAGAAUGUACCUGACUUUGAUGACAUCUUCAGGGACGAUGAAGGUGAAAGUGAAGACUCGGCCAAUUCUAGUGGGUCCGAAGGAGACGAGGAAGAGGGCAGACACGAAAAAAGGGCAAGGAAAACUGAGGAGGCCAUCAUGAAGAGGAGAGACAAAAGGUUGUGGGAGGAGAAGAGGAACAGAAUUGUGUUUGAAUAUUCACAAUUCAGCUACUAUGGACGAUCUAGCUCCGCGAUUAUGUUUGAACUGGCUUGGAAACUGACAAAGGACAACUUGGAGAUUUUAUGGUGGGCUGUUGUCGGAGUGACGGAGCAGCUGGUUUUGGACAAAAUUGAAAGCCACCAGUUCAUUCUUGAAGCAGGCGCUUUGCAAACACACAUGCUACGGCUUUCCCAUCAGUUGGACCCUGAAGAUCCUGGCUCAAUCUUCAAAGUCACAUUUGAGAAAGACCUUCAACUUUCGCUCUAUCGCCACUGGUCUGUUGAAAGUUCUUUGUUCAACACGCGGUUCACGGCUUGCAAGUUGAAAAUUUGGAGUUUGAAUGGAGAGAGAAGACUUCAGCAGCUUUUGGCAGACAUGGGAAUUCCUCUUGCGCAAAGCAAACAGAAAUUUUGUGCUAUGGACUUGCAGCUCCGCCAGGAGUUCUGUGAAAAGAUGGAAAGUCAAGCUGAGAAAUAUGGGUUGGACGGCGUUGGAUGUGAGUCCUUCACUCUCCAAUACGGCUACAGACAAAGAUACUCUGCCUCGGACGUGAUUUAUUCCCUCGUCACCUUACUUGAGUCAACAGAACCGGGAAAGACUCCUAAAGUGAAUUUCAUGGACACCUUAGAUGCUCUAACAAGGGCAAAGUGUAAGCUUUUAGACGAAGGCAUCGAACGAUCUAAAGAUCUCCUGACCCACAUGUUCCAAUUUGUUCGAAACACUAUCACAAUGGGACUUAUUCAUUCUGCAGGACCUUUCCUAUUUUUAACAGUUCAAGAGGGACUCAUUGACUACAACCAACUUCUGAAGCCUCACUGCCUGGGUAUGCUAACUAGAUUUGUCUUGGAAGCUUAUGUUGCCUCUUCAAAAUCAAGACGAAGCGCCAGCCAACCCCUGAUCAUUUCUGCACCCUACAUGGAAGGCAUUCGGUUGCUUCUAGGAAUUCCACCAAUUAAGGAGGAGUCCCCAAGAAACUUCUUUGGAAAAGCUUUUGAAAAUGCAGCUGAGAAGUCACAGAUUGAAGCUUACUCUGACCUCUUUGACACAUCAUACAUUUUGAUCAAAGCAGAGGAUCAGGAAAGAUUUUUUGAUGCCCUUAUUGAUGUCUUGAAGUAAUUGCAGUGGAGUGACAAAUAAUGUAAAUGGAUUUCAUAUUUUAAACAAUGAUGUUUGUGAUUUUAUAUUGAACACUUACAACAAUAAUAAAUUGACUACAGUCAUGCAAAG